AUGGCGACGAGAUUUUCUGACAGUGAUCAUGUCGGUCCUCGAGAGUCAAGAAAGAAAAGCCUUAUCGGUCGAGAAAUCAAACUGAGAGAAUGCGAGGGGGAAGAGAAAAAGGAAGAAGAUGCUGAUGAAAUCAUGGAUGAGAAUUUACGACGCGAGUACUACUUGAAACAACGCCGCCAAUCUCGAAACGAAAACUUCCGAAAUUUGACUCGAUCACUUUGCAGCGAUAAUUGCUCAAAUCCGCACUCAAGAAAAUCGUCGUCUGGAAAUGAGCUUGACGAGCGAACUGUUACAGAGGAAGGGUGA